UUAAAAUUGUAGAGGUUUGGGCAGCGUUGAAAGACUGUAGUCUUGGCAAGUGUGUGGCUUUUAUAAAGAUGUCAACUCAGAAUAGGCUUCCAGUUGUGCCCACCGUCACAGUGCUGACAGUGAUGAAGGCACGCCUGGUUGGUGCAACAAAGGGGCAUGCUUUGCUCAAAAAGAAGGCCGAUGCGCUGACCAUGCGCUUUAGGCAACUGCUGAAGGAGAUUAUCGAAGCCAAGGAGAAUUUGGGGUCAACGAUGAAGGGAUCUUUUUUCGCGUACACUGAGGCGCAGUAUGCAGCGGGCGAGAAAGUUAAACAUACGAUCAUGGACAACGUAGAGACCGCUAUGGUGAAGGUGCGCGGCGAGCUUGACAACGUAGCUGGUGUGAAAAUCCCCCGCUUCGAGUCGUUUGUCCUACCCGGGGAGAGCAAAAUGGACCUAACAGGUCUGGGCCGCGGCGGCCAGCAGCUCCAAAAUUGCCGCAAGGCAUACCUCAGCGCGGUCGAGCUGCUGGUCCAGCUAGCCAAUCUGCAGACUGCUUUCAUGACUUUGGACGAGGCACUUAAGGUCACGAACCGCCGCGUAAACGCACUGGAGAAUGUGGUGAAGCCCAAACUUGAAAACACGAUCUCCUACAUCAAGGCCGAACUAGACGAGCUCGAGCGCGAGGAGUUUUUCCGGCUAAAGAAGGUGCAGAAGAACAAGCAGAAGAAGGUGGCGCAAGACGCUGCACAGGCUACCGGGAAAGAGCAGGCUCUGGUGAGCGGUGGGACAUCGGCGGAUCUCAAGCUCCCGCCCUUUAACGGGCCAGCUGCGGGCGUGCAGCCUCCGGCCACGUCCAACUUGCUCAACUAUAAGGAAGAUGAUCUGCUGUUCUGAGCGACGCGAUGGGUUUGCUGUCGAUCUUGCGAGUCGGAGGCAAAAGUGGGAUAGGGAAACGUGUGUACGAACUCUCCCUGUCCGAUCUGGCCCUUCGUUUUUGCUCCAGGGCAGCCGCACUUCGACAAUUCGUAUUGCUGUCUGGUCCUCUUUUCGACGGGUUCGCCAACUUUCCUAAUAGUGGUCAUAACUCAUGCUAAACUGCCACCGCUGGCGCUAAUAGUAGUAAACUAGCUCUACCACCAAUCAUAAGGGCACUGGUCCUACGAGAAUUGCGUGCUGAAAGGAUUACGCGCGUUCUGGGCUUGUUUGGGUUCAGCUGGCUAGGUUCUCUGCCUCACAGCUCAGCGCACCGUGUUCUCCAAAAGUGACGUACCGACACGAUGGUCAGGGUGGGACUUUACGGUGUUGCUCUACUGGACUUCUCAAAGUAGGGCGUGUGGUGUGCGUGCGCGGAUUGAAGGUGGUUUGUGCGGAAGACUGUUAGGCUUCCUGGGAGGCGGCACCGCUGCGGUGGCAUGGCUCGUUGGGUGCGCAUGAUUGUACUUUUGGUAGGCAUAUGUGUCUUCCAGCAUUGUCAAUUUGUAACAUUGGUGUGGAUGGACAUGUCUGUCACUUCGACCACAACUUGGUAUGGAACCGUACUUUCAACAUAAUCCAUCGUUUUUGUGUGUGUGUGACAUGGUUGGGGGUGCCUGACCCCAUACGUGUAAACUACCCAUACGAGCCGAAGGCCCAAGGGCAAUAUCUAUACGCCUAAAAGCCACGGAGAACAGGAACACCGCACUAUCAGUCUAGACUAGCGCCCAAAGGGGAUAACUGAGUUUCGGUGAGGCCACAUACGUUCCAACAUCCUCGCCAGACGUACUGGCUCCCAUUUCAUGGCCUCCAACAUGCUCUGUUCCGUGCUCCCAUCGUUUGUGCCAUGCAUAGUUGAAAAGAUCAUCACACUGUCUGUGCAUCACAACACAACCACCACCCUCUUGCGUGAGCUUUCACGGCCGCAAGCAGUGCCACCGACCUGACGGCUCACAUACUCGACGGCCUUGAGUACAGUACAACACAUCCUUGAGAGACUAGCAUCGCAGCUGAAAAGGCUAAACGCUGAAGGCCAUAUGACCCAAAUCCGGGGCUGGAACCGUACGGAUAGGAGACAAACAAACCCAAUCGGGUCAAUAAACACUCAUUCGCAUCACUCACCACUACCGACGACGUUGGGUCGGUCAAUACUUAGCACGUGGUAAUGCAAAUCAUUCAGGUGAGCUGUGCAAAAGCACGAUACCAAUCAGAAGAGUAUGCACUUAAAACUAUUUUCCAGGGCCCAAUGGUGACUUCGUGACGACGUUGGCAAUGAUCUUAAGCUUUCUGCAAGGUGCAGCCCGCCGGCUCCGCAGACCUUACCCUCUCAAAUCCAGCCAACAUUCGCUCUUCCUCUCCCUACCGUUCCUAUGCUCAGAACACAAUGCACCUUUGUCUGUCCUUCCGUCGUCCACGUCGGCAAACCCCUUGGGCCCUUGAUUCAAAUAGCAUCUGCCCUCACACCAGCUGUACAGCAGCAAUACCAGGGAUCUUCUCCCGCAAUUUCUGUGUUACCGCCACGCGCACGGUCAUUACAUUGGCCGCCGGCCCUGUGAUGCGAAUCUUGACAAUAACACCAUCAAUGUUAACAAGAUCAAGACCUCCGCCGCCAGUCCCAACCAGGUAGGGGCGAAUUUCAUUUAAAACGGUCUCCACGUUUUCGGCGUUCAAAUCCAAGCCCAGGCUCUCCUCCGUCACCUGCUCCACAUCCAAGAUCUCCGGAAUCUUCUCCAUCAAACGGCGCUUGAUACCCAUCGUCAUGGUGGUCAUAGAACUAGGGCAAGAACCGCACGCUCCCUGUAGUUUUAACUUGACGACUAGACCAUCAAUCUCGAUAAACUCAACAUUACCUCCAUCAGCCAUCAGAUAGGGACGGACCUCAUCGAGGACCAGUUCCACAUUCUCAGGCGUUAACUCCAUCAUUUCUGUCUGCUCUUGCUGUACCGCGAGCGCCACAAUGGCUGACCGACGGAGUGCGGGGCCGCCUAGACGUGGGACAGCCCCGACUGAACCCGUUAGUUCAGGAACCAGGAUCUGUCGAGCGCUGUGUGACGCCCUUGUAAUUGGGAAAAUUGUAACCUGUCUUGCGCAUCGCGGGCUCACGCUUACUCCUGUGUGGUUGUGUAGCAAUACAGAGGCCAUUGUGUACCAAGCCAAAUGCUUCCUAUGCG